AUUCAGCUCCUUCGGCGUAUUCCUCUUUCGUCUUGUUUUCCUCUCAUAUAAAAAGGCCAUUAAUCUCUUUAGCUUCUCGUCUUUUCUGUUUCUGUCUCGUAAUUUUCGAGCUUGUCAAGGAUCAGGCGUUCAAAGUUGCGUGUUUUGGUUCAAUACGCUCUCCCAUUGAUCUCCAUCCCCAAUGAUGUAAUUUGUCCAAGGGAAGCUCAGCUACCUAAGCUCUACCUUACCUUACCUUACCUUACCUUGCCUUACCUUGCCUUACGACUCCACACUUUUCUACUUCUCCCGCAUUUCACUCUAUUUUCAUACCUUGGCAUAAUCCAUCAAUUGCGACCAAUUCCUCUUUGCUGAGGUUGGCAACUUUUUUUUUUUUUUUUUUUGGAGAUUGUGCCUCUGGGUUACAUAAUCAAAGACAUUGAAAAGAGCCAGGAAAAAGCCAUAAUUGCCACUGACUGCUCGGGGCGCAACCAAAAACACUAUCAAAUCAUGUACAAGCCAUUAUAAUGGCCGACGCUGACUCCAACCCUUCCACAGCCACGCACAAUUCGCCGCGGACAUGGCUCCUCACUUCAGCUCUCUCCCCCCUGUCCGUCCGACUCAUCCGGCUACUGCUAUCACAUGGCGACUACGUUGUCGCAUGUUUACCGCCCUACGAGAUCGAUCAUGAGGAUCGCAGCGCCGAGUUUCGCGAGCUCGUGAAUGAGUGUAAGAGCUCCAGAAAGGACCGUGAGGGAUGGAAGGAUCGCAUACGAGGCAUCCGAUGCGAUGGGGCUGCCAUGGGAAGCUGUGGAGCUGCUGUCGCCGAAGCUGUGCAGGUCUUUGGGCGGAUCGAUAUCCUGCUAUGCUGUAAAUCCGAUGCUGUCGUGGGCACUGUAGAGGAACUAUCGACAACUCCAUUCACACAAAAUCUCGUUCGCGACCAGUUCGAGUCCGUCUUCUUCUCCCAGGUCAACUUUAUAAGAGCUGCUCUCCCUCAGCUACGGUCUCAGCACACAGGGCAUAUAAUUGUUCUAACCAGUACCGGCGGGCACAUUGGCACACCAGGCAUGUCGAUAUACACGGCAGCGACAUGGGCCCUCGAAGGCUUCUGCGAUUCACUUGCGUACGAGAUUGCGCCCUUCAACAUCAAGGUUACCGUUGUACAGCCAAACAAGGAGAUUCUUUCCUUGACUAACCGUCUCACCUUUGCGCCGCAAAUGGCUGCGUAUGAUCAAUACUCAGAAACAGCUCCGAGCAUUCGCGACAUACUCGCCAACGUUCUCAACACUCAUCCAGAUACAGCUCUACCAUACCCCCAAUCACCAGCUAGCUACGGACCUUCACCCAUGUCCCCCGCCAGUACUUCCCUCGAACCAGAUGCAGCGCCUGGUGAGAUUUUGCAUCGCUACCCCAAGUUACCGCCCGGUGCAGCAGAUAAACUAGUCAUGGAGACCGUUCAUGCUCUUUCAGCGAUCGGUGGACAUGAAAAUCCCCCAGCACGACACAUUGUCGGCCACGAAGCUGCUGUCGCAGUAAAGGAGAAGCUCAAAACUGUUACAGAAGAGCUUGAAGAUUUCGUAGAAGCGAGUUUGUCUGUUGAUACCUUUGAGAGUGAGCUGCAAGCCGAGGCAAGGGAGAGGAAGCCAUCAGAUCAAAGUCCCCAAGGGCCGCCAUCAUCGGUUGGUUGAACAGGAUGACGUAAAUGUCCAUUGUAACAGUAUUAAGCAUUUAUAUGUUAGUUGUAUUUCGGCAAAAGUUGGAUAGGGUGCUUGAGGCCAACACCGCGAUACCCCAGGAGUAUAGGAGAUUCUUAGUGGGCUAGGCUUUUGGGAUAGCAUAUGGUUUCAGUGCUGACCAUAAAAGAAUUGAUACCCCUUUGUGAACAUCCUCAUCAGCCAUAAAAUAAAACAAUAACAAG